AUGUCUGGCAUUUUUAGAGCAGAGCCAGUCGCGAGGCCGCCGAUUUUGAACGGUCCGUUUGGAGGCACCGUGAUACGCGCUGAGCUCGUGGAAUUACAGAAGGCAGACGUCGGUCGCAAGUACGCAACCAGCGCUCGCGCUUGGCUCGAGAUUUAUGGCUUCUCCAGAUAUGGAAGAAAGGACAGAAGACCACUGGAUCCUCCGCCUGUCGCACAAUUGAAGCUGUUUCGCGUGUUGUCCGUUGGUACAUCCAACCAGCAAGAAGUAGAAGUCACCGACUACAACGAGGUGAACAGCAUUGGCUUUGUAUGUCACGUUGAUCUUUUCCCCGUCUCCCCGACCGCCGGCACUGAUGCCAGGCAAGCAAGCCGGGCGGCAACUACACAGGCUCGCUCGAGCCACACAGAGAGGACGCAAGCCACCGGCCCCUCGUCAUACAUGCAUCCAUAUCGCGAGUGGGCUCCUAUGCAGCUCGGGUUUCCGGCGGUAUUACCUGCGGUCUUGCUAUCCGCUAGUUUGAAUCCUGAGUCUGCUCGAGGUCUUGUCCGACCAAGCGCGCAGGCCCCCUAUUCAGCAGGCCCCCUUGCUUCGACGAUAUCCUAUAUCGGUCCAGGAAUGGACGCAAGAGGAAAUCCCGACCCAGACGUAGUCGCACAUUCGGGGGACCGGUUGGUCCGAGAAAGCUUGAAAUGCACUGCGUCUCUUGUGGGCUCUAAAGUUGCGGCUGCUGUGUGUGUUGAGUACCAGGAAAAGAAUGCUUUUAUGUUCGUCUUUGCGGAUAUCUCGGUGAAGGUCGAAGGAACAUACUUGCUGCGAUAUCGCGCUUUCGACAUCUUCGCUCAGGCACAUGGCACAAACGGACAUCCUGUUCUUGCUGAAUGCUAUGGAGGUACUUUCAAGGUCUAUUCUACCAAGGAUUUCCCCGGUUUGCAUGCGUCUACGGAUCUCACAAAGAGGUCGGACCGGCGAUCGACCUGGUCUCCGUGCUCUAACUGGAACGUUGGUAACCGGCACGGCGUCAGCACGAAGCUGUGA